CAGGUGCUGGGGGAUGACCCGCAGCUCAUGAAGGUGGCCCUUCAGGACCUGCAGACAAACUCCAAGAUUGCGGCCCUGUUGCCCUAUUUUGUGUAUGUGGUCAGUGGGGUGAAGUCGGUGAGCCACGAUCUUGAGCAGCUGCAUCGGCUGCUGCAGGUGGCCCGCAGCCUCCUGCGCAACCCUCACCUGUGCCUGGGGCCCUACGUCCGCUCCCUGGUGGGCAGCGUUCUGUACUGUGUCCUGGAGCCGCUGGCCGCCUCCAUCAACCCCCUGAACGACCACUGGACUUUGCGUGAUGGAGCCGCCCUCCUGCUCAGCCACAUCUUUUGGACCCAUGGGGACCUGGUGAAUGGUUUGUCCCAGCAGAUCCUGCUGUCCUUGCAGAAGGUGCUGGCUGACCCCGUGCGGCCUCUGUGCUCCCACUACGGGGCAGUGGUGGGGCUGCACGCCCUGGGCUGGAAGGCCGUGGAGCGGGUCCUGUACCCCCACCUCUCCACCUACUGGGCCAACCUGCAGGCCGUGCUGGACGAUUACUCCGUGUCCAAUGCCCAGGUGAAGGCAGAUGGACACAAGGUGUACGGAGCCAUCCUGGUGGCCGUGGAGCGGCUUCUCAAGAUGAAGGCACAGGCUGCGGAGCCGGGCCGGGGCCGGAGCUGCCGGCGCCCCGAGGACCUGCCCUGGACGGGCCUCCUCCUGCACGAAGCGCCCCCCGGGGAGCCGGGCUUCGGGCCAGGGGCACCGCUGGCCCCGGGAACCCCAGGGCUGGGAAGCCCGGCCCCUCCCGUGCCCCUCGGGGACACGUAUCGGGAGCUCUACGCCUUCUUCGGGGACAGCCUGGCCACCCGCUUCGGCACCGGGCAGCCCGCGCCCGCCGCGGCCCGGCCCCCCGGCGCCAAGAAGGAGCCCGCGGCCGUGGCCGACGCCGUUCGCAAGAUGCCCCAGCUCACAGCCAGCGCCACCGUCAGUCCCCGCGACGAAGAGAGCCCGCGCGGGGCGACCCCGGGCGGCCCCGCCCCCGCCGCCGCCGCCCCCGCCGCCUCCGCCGAGAGCCGGCCUCUGCCCCGCGUGCACCGGCCCCGGGGCGCGCCCCGGCAGCAGGGCCUGGGAGCGGCCGCCCGCGAAGUCUUCCAGAAGAGCCGCUUCGCCCCCCGCGGCGCCCCGCACUUCCGCUUCAUCAUCGCCGGUCGGCAGGCGGGCCGUCGCUGCCGCGGCCGCCUCUUCCAGACGGCCUUCCCGCCGCCGCAGGGGCCCAGCCCCGCCUCGCGCUACGCCCAGAAGCUGCCCAUGAUCGGGCGCACGGGACGGCCGGCGCGCCGCUGGCUGCUGUCGGAUUACUCGCUCUACCUCCCGCUGUGAGGGGGCGGGGUGAGGCGAAAACGAACCAAUGAGCGUCUGCCGCGGGCUCCGCCCCCGCCCAGCCUUUUCGCCGACUGCCCAACUCGCUCUACCUCGCGUGGGGAGGGGGCUGGGCGGCGAACCAAUGAGCGCCUGCUGCGGCUCCGCCCCCCCAGUUCUGCCUUCUUUCAGGCUGUGGUACUUGCUCUACCUCUCGUUGAGGGGGCGGGGCGAAGAAACGAACUAAUGCUGCAGACUCCGGACUAGCUUUGCCUUCCCGCGUGAGGCGGCGAGAGCCAGUGGGCUGAAGUCGGAGGCUUGGCCCCCUCGGGCCCUUCUCAGGUUUCUUCCUGGAAUUUCCACUGCCAGGCCCCGCCUAGGCCUGACUAAUGAAAGGCCAGGCGCCCCUCCCCCCGCCCCCCCCCCGAGGUUCUGGGCGUCCGUCACGGCCUUCGGUCUCCUGCAGUGGACGGGCUCUCCGGAGCUCCGAGGCACAUGAGACCUCGGCCGAGCCGCUGACCGGAUGGGGGCCGGGACUCAGUUUCCUCACCUACAGUAAGCUGAGAAGGUGGGGGAGUUUGGGGCGGAGCCUCCUUGAUUGCCCCACCCUCUCCGGGGGGCGGGGCGUGUGCGAAUAAAUCUUUGCCGGAAGCCGA